AUGUUGGCCUGCAUUUUAAAUGCACCAAAGUGCGCGGUUUUAGAGCGGGGUCUCGUCAGCUGGGUGCGCGCGCUGCGGUCGAUAGGCGCCGGGAGGUUCCGCGCAGGCGCGGGCGUAUCGAGCCCGCACACUGGCCGCCGCCAUCGCGCGCCGCACACGCGAUGCAUGCGGGAACUUAGCGGAACAACGCGCGCGGGCCUCAUGGGCACCGUGCUGAGCUUCAGCCCGCGAGAGCGGCGCCCGCCCGCCGCCGCGCCGCCUCCGGACCGCGCCGCCCUGGCCUACUCCUACGAACGACUCAACAACGCCAAGAACAGAGAGAACCGCGACCUAGCGCGCGACGAGCGACGGGCCACCCUCGACGAUGCCGCCAAAAUCAUAUCCGAAAAGACGGCCCUCGAAAAGAACCUCAAGAAGCACUCGCUCUUCAUCAACGCGCUAUCGUGGAAGAGGUUCUCGACGGCCAACAACAACAAGAAGAAGUUGGAAUGCAAGAGCAAGAGCGUGAGCACCUUCAGAGCGCCGCUGACGGACAACGCGCCGCUCGAUAGGAACAAGAAUGUGGGUGCGAUAUACGCCCGGGCCCCGGCGGUCCCGCCGCCGGCGGAGGUGGCGCGGGCCAAUGCCCUGAACAACAACGUGUGCUACGCGGAGAAGUUGCCCACGACCGCCGUGGGGACGGCACCGGCGGUCGCACCGAGGAAAACGGUGAUACAGGCGUCCACUUCGGAGCUGCUAAAGUGCCUGGGGUUGUUUCUCCAUUCGCGAUGUCACCGUUUGCGGGACUUCCAGGCGGGGGAUGCGGUAAUGUGGCUGCGGACCGUGGACCGCUCGUUGCUCCUCCAAGGCUGGCAGGACGUCGCUUUUAUCAACCCAGCCAACGUAGUCUUCGUGUACAUGCUCGUCCGCGAGCUGGUGGACGGCGAGAGGAUAGGGCGGCCGCAGGAGCUACAAGCCGUCGUCCUGACCUGCCUCUACCUCUCGUACUCGUACAUGGGCAACGAGAUCUCUUACCCGCUCAAGCCGUUCCUGGUCGAAGACUCCAAAGACAAGUUCUGGGACCGCUGCCUUUUAAUCGUCGAUAGACUGUCCUUUAACAUGUUAAGAAUCAAUUCCGAGCCGGGCUUCUUCACCGAGGUGUUCACCGAGCUGAAGGCUUGCGGGGCGAUUGAUAGUCCGCCGCCCGCGCCCCCACACCCCGCGCCUGCGCCCCCGCACGCGCUCACGCCCGCCUGA